UGAGCCCAGGAGAAAAGCGCACCAGAGCCGAACAUCCAAUGGGUCAAUCUAGCGAGUUUAUUCACUGACUCUUUGCAACAACAGCUUCGAUCUGGACAGUUUUCUACACACUUGGUUGCAAACCUGGAGAGUUUUUUUUUUAUUAUGUAUUUCUUCUUCUAGAAGUUUAACUCAAAAGAAGCGCAGCGAUGACAGCCGAGUUUAUUUCACUUCGAAGUGACUGAGAUCCGCAUCUUGCUGCGUCGCAUCCGAUCCGAUUCAGCCUACUGUGAGGAUGCAAAGGAGAUACAGGAUGAAUUCCGCUUUUAUCGCAGUGUUAUUUGGAGUGGUUGGGGCUCUGGCAAAUAAGGAGGAAUGUGUUUCACGCCAGUAUACAACCAGCGGAGAAUGCUGCGUGCAGUGCCAGCCCGGUGAGGGCGUCGUCAAACCAUGUGGAGUCACACAGACUGUCUGCGCCCCCUGCCUUGACAGUGAAACCUUCUCAGAAAACUUCAGUCACACAGAGAGAUGUCAGCCCUGCACAAUAUGCACAGGUCCAUUCCGCAUGAAGGCGCCUUGUACAGACUCCAAUGACGCCACCUGUGUCUGCAACUAUAGCUACUAUAUGAAUACGAUCUCUCAGCAGUGUGAACCCUGCACCAAAUGUCCUGAAGGCCAGGGCAUGCUGUACAGCUGUGAGUUUGACCAUGACACGGUGUGUGAGGAGUGCACCGGGGACACCUACUCUGACCAGGAAAGUUCUCGGGAGCCCUGCAUCCCCUGCACCACCUGUGAUGACGGGGAAGUGUUACAGCCCUGCACCUCUCUCACAGAUACAGUUUGUCCUGCUCCUACAGUUUACGAAGAUACAGUGUCUCCCACGCCCUUUUCGAGUAACUCCACACCCACCUACGAUGACUUCCCACCAGGCGGCUUCCCACCAGAGGGCCCUACAGACACCACCACCACCACUAAUGGUGAUUCCAAGGAGCCGAUCUACCAUCUGAAUGAUAAACUCAUCCCCAUCUACUGCUCCAUCCUGGCAGCUGUUGUAGUCGGCCUCGUGGCUUUCAUUAUCUUCAAGAGGUGGAACAGCUGGAAGCAGAACAAGCAAGGAGCUAACAACUGCACAGCCAACCAGAACCAGACGCCGUCACCUGAGGGAGAGAAGCUGCACAGUGACAGUGGCAUUUCUGUGGAUAGCCAAAGUCUGCAGGAGCAGCAGGGCCAGCCUGGGGCACAUACAGUUGUCACCAUGGAUGAAGAGCCUUGUUUGCUCCUUCCUCUCCACACCAGAGAGAAAGUGGAGAAGUUGCUGUUCAGGGGCAACGAAGGAGAUGACUGCAACCACAUGGAGGACAGUGACUGGUGCAACCUGGCGGGCCUUCUGGGAUACGAGGAGGAGCGGAUUGCCACCUUCCAACAGGAAGAGCAUCCUGUCCGCGCGCUCCUGUCUGACUGGGCGAGCAAGGACUGUGCCAGCAUUGACACGCUGUGCACGGCACUGCGCAAAAUUAAUCGCGAUGACAUCGCCCAGAGUCUGGUGCUAAGCCCGAAUGUUACGAAGCCUACCGCCACUUCUGUAGUGUGAUUUGAACUUAACAGUAAGCAAACCACCUUAACCUUAAUAUUCUUCCAUGGCCUCCCUCACUCCACAUAAUUCAUGCUAGAACCGCUUAAAAGUUAUUCCCUCAAGAAGCCAGCAGUCAAAUAUCAUGAGUCCAGAAGACUCGUGUUUAAUAAAGGAAUAAAACGCCAGAGAUACAAAAACUGCAUGAAUAUCAUCAUACUUAAUAAAGCCAAAACCCUUCACUUAAUCAUCUGGAUGUGCUUAUAAUCAUUCAUUCUCACCUUUUAAAAUCCACAUACUGUAAAGCCUAUGUGGAAGAAAAAUGUCUAUAAUCAGUCCAUUUUUGGCCUUGAUAUCCAUUUGCCUUCCCACACUAUUACCAUCCUCUGACUUUAUUAACCAUAGAAAAGAAAUGGGCUUUGAACUGAAUUUAUUGUGGAUACCUGGCUCUUUCAUUCCUACAACUUGAUCCGCUGCAUCUUUAUUCCUAAACAUUCAUAGUUAGUUUGUCCCUAGCUUAUAGCAUUCAUACACCAGUGUUGUACCUUGUUACUUUACAAAUCUAUGCUACCAAAGAGGAGUAAAUGUCUUGAGACCAUACCUGACGAGCGACAUUAUUUACAUGCCAUGUUAGACUUUUUGCAUUUAAGUUGUCAAACGGCUUGUGUCUGUUACUGCUGCCCGAUUGGGCCUGCAUACCACGGAGUAUCUGGAUCUUUGCAAAUAUGACAACCUGAGGAAGGAUGCUUGGAUGCUUUUCAAAUGAACUUGAUCUCUUUCAGCAAAAACAAAAGUCCGGCUAUGUGCUCUUAUUUUAAAUAUGUGAGACAGUGAGCUGCAGCACACAUGGGAUUGAUCGCAACUAACUGGUUUCUGCAGACCCUGCUUUCUUCCGACAACUGCUAUAAGAACUGCUGGCUGGACUUUGCCAACUAGGUGGUCUGUGGGGCAGGUCAUUGACCAAGGCAACAUGAGACACUAUUCUAUGUGCUCAGGUCUAUCUGCAUAACACAGAAGCUCGUACACAGAAUCCAUCAUACUGACCCAGAAAAGGGAUGUGGAAUUCAAAAGUAACAACUAUGUACACAGUACAUACAUAGGCACACACCAUACUCAUACUGUACAUACAUACACACAUAGACCAACAGUAUAUAACCAUGCAUGUAACACACACACACACACACACACACACACACACACACACACACACACACACACACACACACACACACACACACACACACACACACACACACACACACACACACACACACACACACACACGAUUUUCGAUCCUGCCAUAUACUGUAUGAAAACACUUUCAUGAGAGGACCAUGUAUUGUUCAAUCUCAUUAUUAGUAGCCAAUAUAUGGUAAUAGUAUGUCUAAAAUCAAUUUAAUUUACAAUGUGUGCUAUAGAUGGUGAAAUGCUACCUUAACAGUAAACAGCAUGCAGAAACUAGCAACUCAAAUUCCAAGAAAAAAACAAAACAUACAGAAUAAUCAGAAUGCCAAACAAAAGUCCAGGGUUUUCUAUCUUUUUUGCUUAAUUUCUCAGGGUAUCUUGAAUGACUGUUACAUCAAUAUUACACUUAUUAUUGCACCCUUUAUAGACACUGUGUUUAUCCAAAGCAGUGAUUCUUGCAACUGACAAUCCUUCAGACAGGUGAAUAAGAAAAGGGAAGCGGGCCAGAAAAAAAAGAAAAAUGGGUGUCUUGUUUCCUCAUUGUUUGCAACAAUGACCUCUGGAUAAAAGGCAAGUCAGUGGAGAUAUAAGUCAAAGGAUGUGGGAUGAUCAGACCGAGGGAAAGCGGAAAAGUUUUGGAUUACUUAAAUGUAAAAGGUGAAACCCAGGAUCCAGCAUUCAGCUUGUUUAAGUACAAGCAUGCCUUCCUCUUCUCAUGGCGGUACUGUAUGUGCUUUUUACAUUGUGUUAUGUUGUACCCUUUUGGUUUGAAUUUUUCAAAGCAUACUUCAAAAAAUGUGAUUAUGAUGAUAUUAAUAUGCUGCCGACUGAGGAUCGCAACUAUUUGUAUUUUUUUUUUUUGUGGGGGGAAAUAUUUGAAGGAGCAAAUAAUUUACUGUUCUAAACUUACCUAUAUCACCAAUUUCAUCUGUUACUUUCAGUUACAGAUUGUACAUUGGUACUAACCACUAGCAUACUGAGUUAAUGCUGUAGUGUUACUUUAAAUGAAGGUAUUCUCACUCUACUCUCUAAGGGUUGUUGUAUUUUAACUACCGAAUAACAACUGUAAAUGGUA